UUAUGCUAGUGGAUGAAUCAGUUCAGACCAGUAGAGAAAUGGAGAGAAAAGCGUUUGAAGAUAGAGUUAUCAGAGAAGGAAUGCAAUUGUGGAAAAAACAGAGGCAGUUCGAGAGCGAGAAGAAACUUCAAGAACAAAAAGAGAUGAGAGAUAUGUUAGAGCGAUACUGGCCUUGGGGGAGAGGGGAGGAUGCUAAACCUAGGGGUUUACGCAACCUUCGACUGGAGGAACUAUUUCCCAAUAAGGAUUAUUUGAAUGCGAAACGAUUUGUUGGAACAUUAGAUUCAGGAAGAGGUGGUGGUGGAGCGCCAGUCUUCAAUAAGGGAAAGCAAAUAACAAGAACACGUGAAGAUCCUAUUUUGAGAUUUCAGUUCGGUAGUAAAGAUCUCCGGCGAUGUGUAGAUAAUACUCUGAGGUAUAAAACGAACAAAGAAGAUCAGCAAGAAUAUAAAAAAGAUCUAGAUAAACUAGUAGAAGAGAAGAAACAAAAGGAGAAACAGGAGAAAGCAGAAUUCCGAAAGUUUCAUCAACAACAA